ACAGCGGGACCCAUGUGCACGCUGGCAAUGGCCCCGCCUGCCGCGGGACCAGCCUGUGCUUGGGCUGUGACCGCUGCGCCAGCGCAGCCCUUUGCCCAACCUUUGCCCAUCUCUGACCCUUUGUACCUGGGCGCAGAUUUGCUGCAAGGAACCCCACUGUUCUCAGGCUGGGCUGCGAACUGCCCCAGAGUAAAUGCACAGUUUCAGUGGUUUAUUUUCCAGUUACGUGGAUACUACCAAACAUGAUCCAUGACUUGUUGACCAUGGCUUAUACCUUUAUUAUUAUACAAAUAGGAUCAAAAGUAACAUCUUUGAACAAUUAAAUGAGGGUAAAUGAGGCCAAAAUUCACUUCUGAAAAUGUCACGAGACAUACAGUGUAUAUUCAUGCCAGAACUUUUACCCAUAAUUUCAUCAUUUCCGUGUGUUGUAUGUAUGUGUGCAUUAUUUACCUGGGCGUGCUAGUUGCAAAAAAAUAGAGUAAUUUACUGAUGGGAAUCCCUGAGUGGUGCAGAUGGUUAAGUGUUCAGCUACUAGCUGAAUGGUUAGAAGUUUGAAUCUACCCAGAGGUGCCUCCGAAGAAAGGCAUGGCAGCCUGCUUCAAAAAGGUCACAGCCUUGAAAACUGCAUGGGGAAGUUGUACUCUGCCCACAUGGGGUCGCCAUGAGUUGCAGUUGACUUGACAGUAACUAGCAACAGCAAUUUACUGAUAGAACUUUUCUUAGACCUUAAGUUUAUAUAGGAUUGGAGAUACUUUUAGCAAUUUAAAAACCAGCCAGCCAGACUGACAAAAAAUUUUUUUCAGACUGCUUUUCAGUAGCUCUUUAGGAUAUAUAUAUAUAUUCAAAUAUUAAUCCCAUUGCACACUUAGUGCUGUUUAAUUGCUGGCAGGGCCAAGAUUAGAUAAACAGAAUAUAGGCUACUUAGUACUCCAAAUUUUGCUAUUGAAUUUUUAAAACUUAAUUUAAAUUAUUUUAAAUUCUAUAGUUCUUUUUUAAAGAGCUUAAUGGUUUUACCUCGUGUGAGUCUGCUAUGCUUGGAACUUUUACGGUUUUAGAUUUAGAACUUUUCUUUGUUCCACUACUAAUCAAGUGGUGUGAUCUUCCACCAGAUACUUGACCUCCUGGGCCCAGUUCUUCAGAUUUGUUUAAUGUAGGCAUUGGACCAGGUCUGUAGUUUUUUAUACUUUAUUUUUUGGACACCCUUUUCCUUAAAUAAACUUUACAUGGAAUCCUAGUAUAGAAAAUAGAUAAUUUUUAUUUUUUCAUAAAUUGGAAGUUUAGCUUAAUUAUGUUAACUUUGUAUCUAUUUAUGAGCUAAGAUUUUCAUGAGUACAGAAUUUUGAAAUGGGUACAAGUGGUUGGCUGUCUUAUAUUGGACUCACCUUCCUGCUAGUAUUUUUCUUAUUUUAGUUGCACAGCAUAUAGAAAAUUCUGUUUCACACAGGUAUAAAUGGAAACAGGGAAAUGAGGCAAGUUACCCUUUGGAGAUGUGCUCACACUUUGAUGCUGAUGAGAUCAAAAGGCUAGGAAAGAGAUUUAAGAAGCUUGAUUUGGACAAUUCUGGUUCUUUGAGUGUGGAAGAGUUUAUGUCCUUGCCUGAGUUACAACAGAAUCCUUUAGUACAGCGAGUAAUAGAUAUAUUUGACACAGAUGGGAAUGGAGAAGUAGACUUUAAAGAAUUCAUUGAGGGAGUCUCUCAGUUCAGUGUCAAAGGAGAUAAGGAGCAGAAGUUGAGGUUUGCUUUCCGUAUCUAUGACAUGGAUAAAGAUGGCUAUAUUUCCAAUGGGGAACUCUUCCAGGUGCUGAAGAUGAUGGUGGGGAACAAUCUGAAAGAUACACAGUUACAGCAAAUUGUAGACAAAACCAUAAUAAAUGCAGAUAAGGAUGGAGAUGGAAGAAUAUCCUUUGAAGAAUUCUGUGCUGUUGUAGGUGGCCUAGAUAUCCACAAAAAGAUGGUGGUAGAUGUGUGACUCUUUUUUAAAGAGCACCACCCAACACUUUUGCUUUCUUCUCCAUCUCUGAAGAUCUGCUCAAGACGUCCAGCAAUGCUCUCUGUGUAUUUAAAUGGAAGUAUUUUUCUCUGUGAAGCCACAUUUUCCAACAUGAGCCUCAUGAAGCCAACUAAGUGUUAUUGAACUCUUACUCUCUCAAUAACUCAGUGUAGCACUUUAUAGAAGGACAGCAAGAUGACAAGAGCAUAUCAAUGUGGUGGAGAAAGGGAAGGGGUUGGCUUUUUAAUUUAUUUUCUUCAUCUUUUAUAACAAGAAAGUAUCUAUAUAUAUAUAUGUAAAUAUUUAUAUAUAGAUAUAUGUAGCUUUCUAUAUAUGUAGUAGGUUGGCUUUAAUUUAAUAUACUUGAUUCAGAAACAAAAUGAUAGAGUACAGAAGUGCCAAGCAGAACAUAAAAAGUUCAAAAACGUGGAUAUGUACAUCCUUACUUUUAUUUCACACAGUUUUAUAUAUAGAUAGAAGAUUGUACAAUUUGAGCCGGGUGUUAGGCCAGCUAGCUUCUUUUUCCUGUACUUUCUCCUUUGAGAGAUUGACAAAGCAUUUGUUAAUGUCCUAUUAUUUACCUUAAUUACCUUCUUUUGUAACAAAGGCGUCUGUAACUUUAUACCUAUGACUAUAUUUCCAGGGACUACAUCUCAUUGCUAAGCAGCAGCUUUUAAUAUAUUUCUGCUUGAGGAGAACGUAUAGUUCAGUGCUAUUGCCAAGAGCUAGUUCUUGUGUUCAUAUAGUGACUGCAUAAUGCUUAUGGCUGCUUCAUUCUGUUACUUCGUAACUAGGAGCUGUUACAUUUAUGAAAUGUCCCUGAGUAAAUGUAAGCUAUCAGUCAUGAUGACUGUUUUAUACCCGAAGACCAGAAGGCAACCAUGAUUUAUCUUAUGUAUCACUUAAUGAAGAGUUCCUGAAGUAAUCAUGUAACUGCUUAGGGUGUCCAUUUGUUUCAUUACACCGUUAAAUGACUUGUCAUUAAACUCACGUUUGAACCGGAAAUUUCCCUUCUGUAUUUCAAAAGAUUUGCAUCUAAUCUAAAUAACUGGUGAUAUUUAAUGUGCAUGUAUCUAUCUGAACAUCCACACAUACUUGUGAUUUAAAUGGGAGAAACGUUGCUCAUCUGUAUGCCAGAGAAGAGCAAACUUUUAUCCAUAUUUAUACCUCUUAAAUUUCUUUACCACAAAGCAUAGAGAGUGCAUGAUGGUUUUCUUUCUUGAUUUGCCCAUAGAAUUUAUAAUGGAUGAUAACUUAGUAAAUUUGUGUGAUAUAAAAGUAGUGUAUCAUGUUCCACCACUUGAUAUUAUAUCCCUUCCCUUUUCUGCGAAGGUACUAUUGGCUGAAAGAAAAAAUAUUUUUGGUAGCUUUUUAGGAUAGUAGUCUUUCCCUGUGUAGUUUUUCAGUAAAAACUGGUUUUCUAAUCAUGAGUAGGAAAGGGCAGGUUGAGUCCAGGUGAAUGCAUCUUCCAUUGAGCACACCUGCCUGCCAUCGCUGUUCCUUCAACUGAGUGCUGCACAUCAUGGGCUCUGUCUGUGAGAGAAAAAUCCCGGUGCUUGGCGUCCUUGCAUGCCAUGGAGUUUUGCAUGUAGAUCGAUUUCAAAUGUACCUCUUGUUUACAUAAUUUGCAUAAUUUAAAAAGAUAAUGUUGCCAAACUUCGGAAAUGUUAAUGUUCAAACUGAAAAUCUCCACUACAUGUAACUUUCUUCCUCUGGGUCAGUACGUGGCUUAUAAUCCCAGCCAGCGGUUUGAUCGGUUCCUGUGUCAACUGCCAUGUGCUCUGCUUCAAGGGGGAACUCGUCUUUUGUGAAUUUUUUGUACAUAAGUAUUUGUUACAGAUAUUUUAGCAAAUGCUUUCUAUUUCUCUUGCUUGUGCAUAUCUUGGCUGGCGUUACAGAAAAUAGUGCAAACAUUAUUUCCUUACUGGGGAAUGAGGGUUUUUUUUUUUUUUUUUUUUUUUUAAGUUUGUGUGUGUGGGGAUGGGGGAGGGGAUGGUUUAUGUUGAAUGUUUAGUUUUUCUUCUGCAUGAUAUAUCAUGUUGUGGGAUCUUUAGAAAACUUCAUACUGUAUGAAUAAAAAAAUAAAAUAUUUGAAACUUG